AUGGACUUUGAUAGCGACGACUCUACAUACGAUCUUAACUAUAAUCCCUGUGAUGACGGCUCCGAAAAGGAAAGCAGCGAAUCAGAUUCAGCAUCAGAAACCUGGAAUCUACUUACUCCACAAAGGAGACAAUCCACAUUUUCAGAUGAUUUGUUGCACUCUCUUCCUAAUAUACAGAGACGUAGAACACUAAGGACACAGUUGGCAGAGACUCUAAGCUCAGAAGCUAAUAUUGCAAGUUCCUCUGGUACAACAUCUCUUGAAAUAACAGAGAUGACUUGGCUAAAACGAAAGUUGGAAAACACAAAAUGGGAGAUGCCAUCACAUGAAGAUCCAGAAAGUAUCGAGUACACUGUUCCAUUCUCUGGGAUGAAGGAUAUAUUCUCUGGCAUUCUAGCUCAUGCAAAGCCAUUGGACUAUUUUGAACCGUUUCUGACUAGAAAUAUUUUAGAGGAAGUAGUUGACCAAACUAAUUUGUACGCUGCUCAACAUUUGCUUACAACGGAUGCAACUCCAAACAGCCGAACCCAUGCAUGGGUCCCAGUAACGGUGGAUAACAUGACAAAAUUUCUUGCCCUUAUUGGUUGGAUGGGCCUUGUAAAACUCCCAAGCAUAAAGGAUUAUUGGAGAGUUCAUAGGCUAUAUGGAUUACCGCUAGCAAGAUCCGUUAUGCCGAGAAAUAAAUUUGAGCUGAUUUUGAAAUACAUCCACUUUUCAGACAACAGCAUUGAAGAUGCAGAUGAUAGACUGAAAAAAAAGGUCUGCUUGAUGAAGAUAGGACAACUAGCAUAUCGACUGAGACGCAGAAAGACUCACCUAGUUGGAACCCAAAGAGCUAACAGAAAGCACCUUCCAAAAGACGUUAUGUCUAUGAAACUGAAGAGAGGAGAGAUGUGUGCCAAGCAAACUAAUGAUGGGAUAGUAGCACUGAAAUGGCGAGACAAGCGUGAUGUAAGGAUGCUGUCUACUAAUACAUCUGCGUUCAAGAUAGUUACAGUUCAGAACAGGAAUAAGCCAGCCAUUCUCAAACCGGAGUGCAUUGUAGACUACAAUAAUGGAAAAUCUUCGAUCGAUAUAAGUGAUCAUAUGGCAACAUAUGGCUCAGCUCUUAGGCGAUGUACGAAAUGGUAUCGUAAGCUGUUUAUCGAAAUUUUGUGGGGAACUUCUCUGGUGAAAGCUCAUUUCCUCUAUAAUCUAAAUACAUCAGCAAAGAAAAUUACAAUCACAGAGUUCCGAGAACAGGUUAUUUUAGAUAUGAUUGACAAGUGUUCUCAGAGAGUAGGUAUAGCACCUGUACCUUCAACAUCAUCUUCAAAAAGGAAGGCGCCGAAUGUGAAACACUACCUCAUAGAAAAUUAG